CGAACAUCAAGUAACAGUUCAUAAUCUAACUUACGCGUAUAAGACUAUUUCAGCAUCAUUCUCGCGAGACUUCAUUGUGACCUUUAAAUGUGGGAAACUGCUGUAGUCGUUAGAGUUCAAUACAAUUCUCCUCAGCUUAGCUAGUAGCUGGGAAAGAAAAAUGGGAAGGGCACCGUGUUGCUCUAAGGUUGGUUUGCGUACAGGUCCAUGGAGUCCGAAAGAAGAUAGUGUGCUAACUAAUUAUAUUCGGGCAAAUGGUGAAGGCGAUUGGAGAAAUUUGCCCAAAAAAGCCGGGCUACUUCGAUGUGGGAAGAGUUGCAGGCUGAGAUGGUUGAAUUAUCUGCGACCGGAUAUCAAACGAGGGAACAUUUCAUCUGAUGAGGAGGACCUUAUCAUCAGGCUUCAUUCUCUUCUUGGCAAUCGUUGGUCUCUCAUUGCUAAAAGACUACCUGGUCGAACUGACAAUGAGAUUAAAAACUACUGGAAUUCCCAUAUUAGCAGGAAAGUGAAAACAGGUAGUAGAGUAACUCAACCAAAAGCAUCAAGAGUGGGAAAGAAGAAGAGCCAGUUCACCAAUGUAAAGAAACUUGAGAAGAAGAGUACGGACAGUUCAAAAGCAGAGACUACAAACACCAAAAUAUAUCUCCCCAAGGCCGUUAAGGUUUCCCCAUUCUCAGUGACAGUCAGAAACAUCGGUUUGGAUAACAAGGCUAGUGGGCUAUCAUCAUCGGGCCAUGAAGAAGAAGGAAAUAACAUUGUAACACCAAAUAAUACGGAAGAAGUGCCAUGGAAUAUUCAUUCCCCAUUGUGGCCUGAUCUUUUUCAGGAAGAAGCUGUGAAUUACGAAGGAUGUAGUCUUGAUAAUGCAUGUGAUAGUUCAUUCCUAGACUCCGUACCAAUUGAAGAUAACAUGCUAGAUAAAGUUGUUGAGGAGUAUCAGCAGCUUCUGAACGUCGAUGACAGCGUCCAAUUUGAUUCUUUUUUUUUGUGUGAUUGUUUCCUAAGAUUUAGGAGCAGUUACAUAAUAAGUAUCAUUUGCAAGUUUAUAUACCUUCCCCGUUUGUAAUAUUAUGGUAAGUAGAUGUUAGAGUGUCA